AUGACCAUGAUAUCUUUAACUUCCGCUAAACUAUGCUUCCUCCCUUAUUGCCUUGUCAUCUUGUUGUUUGUUUCAGCACCAAAUUGGGUUGCUUUUCCUUCUGCUACUUCUACUUCUGAUACUGAAGCAAAGGCUCUUCUCAAAUGGAAAGCUAGCUUAUUUCCAAAUCAAGCCCUCAAUAACCUCACUUGGUACGACCCUCUCACUCAUAAUAUUAAUGCCACCAAUUCUUCCAGCACCAAUCCAAAACCAAGAACAAGCCCAUGCACUUGGACUGGUGUUUCAUGCAACGCAGCUGGAAGUGUCAGCAAGCUAAACCUUUCCACUUGUGGUAUUCAAGGUACGCUACAUGAGUUGUCAUUCUUGUCCUUCCCUAAUCUUGAAUAUCUUGACCUCAGCUUGAACAAACUUUUUGAUGCCAUCCCACCUCAAAUCAGUAACCUCUCCAAACUCCACUAUCUUGAUCUCUCUCAGAAUAACUUGUCUGGGAGAAUCCCACCAGAAAUCAAUCUCUUGAGAAAUCUUACCCUUCUUUGUCUCUAUGACAAUAAACUUUCUGGUUUGAUUCCCAAUGAGAUAGGGAGCUUGAAAUCUCUUGUAGAUCUAGACUUGUCCGACAACAAUUUUAGUGGUCUCAUCCCUCCAAAUAUUGGUAACUUAAUAAAGCUAAACACUUUGUACUUGUUUUCCAAUCAACUUUCUGGUUUGAUUCCCAAGGAGAUAGGGAACUUGAAAUCUCUUGUAGAUUUAGACUUGUCCGACAACAAUUUUAGUGGUCUCAUCCCUUCAAAUAUUGGUAACUUAAUAAAGCUAAACACUUUGUUCUUGGAAGAGAAUCAACUUUCUGGUUUGAUUCCCAAGGAGAUAGGGAACUUGAAAUCUCUUGUAGAUCUGGAGUUGUCCGACAACAAUUUUAGUGGUCUCAUCCCUCCAAAUAUUGGUAACUUAAUAAAGCUAAACACUUUGUUCUUGUUUUCCAAUCAACUUUCUGGUUUGAUUCCUAAGGAGAUAGGGAACUUGAAAUCUCUUGUAGAUCUAGACUUGUCCGACAACAAUUUUAGUGGUCUCAUCCCUCCAAAUAUUGGUAACUUAAUAAAGCUAAACACUUUGUUCUUGUUUUCCAAUCAACUUUCUGGUUUGAUUCCUAAGGAGAUAGGGAACUUGAAAUCUCUUGUAGAUCUAGACUUGUCCGACAACAAUUUAAGUGGUGUCAUCCCUCCAAAUAUUGGUAACUUAAUAAAGCUAAACACUUUGUACUUGCAUUCCAAUCAACUUUCUGGUUUGAUUCCCAAAGAGAUAGGGAACUUGAAAUCUCUUGUAGAUCUGCAGUUGUUGUCCAACAAUUUAAGUGGUCUCAUCCCUCCAAAUAUUGGUAACUUAAUAAACCUAAACAUUUUGUACUUGAGUGAAAAUCAACUUUCUGGUUUGAUUCCUAAGGAGAUAGGGAACUUGAAAUCUCUUGUACGUCUGGAGUUGCCGUCCAACAAUUUAAGUGGUCCUAUACAUCCAAAUAUUGGUAACUUAAUAAAGCUAAACACUUUGUGCUUGUUUUCCAAUCAACUUUCUGGUUUGAUUCCCAAGGAGAUAGGGAACUUGAAAUCUCUUGUAAAUCUAGCCUUGUCCGACAACAAUUUAAGUGGUCCUAUACAUCCAAAUAUUGGUAACUUAAUAAAGCUAAACUAUUUGUACUUGGAAUCCAAUCAACUUUCUGGUUUGAUUCCUAAGGAGAUAGGGAAUUUGAAAUCUCUUCUAGAUCUAGCGUUGUCCUACAACAAUUUAAGUGGUCUCAUCCCACCUGAGAUUGGCAACGCAACCCAAAUUCAUGUGCUGGACCUUUCUUCAAAUCAUUUAGUUGGGUUGAUCCCAAAAGAAUUCGGGAAGUUGUCUUCGUUGGUGAACUUGUGGUUGAAUGGAAAUCAACUUUCGGGUCGUAUACCUUCGGAAUUCGAAUCAUUCAAUGAUCUUGAAUAUCUUGACUUGUCAACAAACAAAUUGAAUGAGUCAAUUCCGAGCAUUCUAGGUGACUUGCUCAAAUUACACUAUCUGAAUUUGAGCAACAACAAGUUAUCUCAAGCAAUUCCAUUUAAGUUGGGGAAGUUAGUUCAACUGAAUGACUUGGAUUUAAGCCAUAACUCACUUGAAGGUAAGAUACCAUCAGAAAUGGGCAGUAUGCAGAGUUUGGUGACACUUGAUCUUUCCCACAACAAUCUUUCGGGUUCCAUACCAUCAAGUUUCGAAGACAUGCGCGGCUUGUUGUAUGUUAACAUAUCCUACAAUCACUUGGAAGGUCCCCUUCCCAACAUCAGUGCAUUUCAAGAAGCUCCCCCAGAAAGAUUGAAAGAGAACAAAGGAUUGUGUGGCAAAGUUGGAGCUCUACUGCCACCCUGCAAUGCACAUGACUCAAAAAAGGACCACAAGUUAAUAUUCUCUCUUCUAGCGGUAUUUGUACUUCUAUCUGCUUUCUUUACAAUUGUCUUUGUAAUAGUGCAAAGAAAGAAGAAGCAUCAAGAUACUAAACAAAACCACAUGCAUGGAGAAAUUUCCUUUUCGGUUUUAAAUUUUGAUGGAAAAUCAAUGUAUGAGGAAAUCAUAAGGGCAACAGAAGAUUUUGAUUCCACAUACUGCAUUGGGAAGGGAGGACAUGGAAGCGUCUACAGAGUGAAUUUGUCAUCUGGAAACGUAGUGGCCGUGAAGAAACUUCAUCUACUAUGGGAUGGGGAGACAGAAUUUCAGAAGGAGUUCUUGAAUGAAGUAAGGGCACUUAGUGAGAUAAAACAUCGAAAUAUUGUGAAGCUCUAUGGUUUCUGCGCACAUAAACGACACUCGUUUUUGGUGUAUGAGUAUCUUGAAAGAGGUAGCUUGGCCGCAAUGUUGAGCAAAGAUGAAGAAGCUAAAGAGUUGGGAUGGAGUAAAAGGGUGAAUAUUGUUAGAGGCUUAGCUCAUGCCUUGUCUUACAUGCACCACGAUUGCUUGCCACCAAUUGUACAUCGUGACAUCUCAAGCAAGAACAUUUUGUUGGAUUCUGAAUAUGAGGCCUGUGUUUCAGACUUUGGCACAGCUAAGUUUUUAAAUCCAAACUCAACCAAUUGGACUGCCGUUGCAGGCACAUAUGGCUACAUGGCACCAGAGCUUGCAUAUACAAUGGAAGUAAACGAGAAGUGCGAUGUUUAUAGCUUUGGAGUUGUCACACUGGAAAUAAUUAUGGGAAGCCAUCCAGGAGAUUUUUUUUCAUCUUUAUCAUCAGGGGCAUCAUCUUCGUCCUCAUCUGCAUCAUCUGCCCCUGAAAUGCCAAUUUCGGAAGUUCUGGACCAACGGAUCUCCCCACCCACAAAACAAGAAGCAGGGGAGGUGGUCUCUCUGGUGAAGAUCGCAUUUGCAUCCUUGAAUCCCAGUUCGCAGUGUCGUCCAACAAUGAAGAAAGUUUCUCAACUCCUGUCAUCAACUCAGAGGCUGCGUUUGUCAAAGCCAUUACAUAUGACAACAUGUGGUGAAUUGCUUGCUGUUGAUGGUUUCACUGCCUGA